GGGCUAGUGGUUAGAGCCGGGGCCGCAGCUCAGGGCCUCAGGGGGCUGUGCUGUGUACCCAGAAGCCCCCCGGGGAACCACACGCGAGGAGCCAAGAGCAGCCAGGAGCCCUUCUGGGGCCGGUUUUGUUGCUUGCUGGUGUUCAGCGAGGAAAGCCCUCAGCGGGGAUGGGAAACCAGGGCCAGCCGAGCCCGAGACAGGCAGCAGCUUUCCUUACAAGGAGUUUGGCUGGGGCUCAAGUGGCUAAAGUUGCAGGGAGUCAGAGGUUUUUUUCUUCCCUCCCUGCCUCAUUCAUUGAAGCGCAGGGUCGGAGCAGGCAGUCGUGGGAGCCGUCGCCGAGAUCCCAGUGACUCGCUCGCCUCGUCUGCGCCCGGCGGGUGGCAGCUGCCGGGGACUCGGCGCGUGGGUGCCCCCCUGGACCAGCUCGGCGGAGACGUGGGUGCAUGUGCGUGUGUGCAGAGGCAGCCCUGGCUCUGUGGAUAAGAGCAAGAAAGUCUUCCCAGAAAAUUCAUCCUUCCGGCAUCUCUUAUGACAACCCAGCUCUGGCUUUAAGGCAGGAGAAUGUCUUCAAUGUUCGGCAAACCCCGGGCCGCCCCCAGCGCCGCCGACCGCCUGCCCCACAGCCUGGUGCCCGAGUGCAACGUGGCGAUCCUGGGAUGCCGAGGAGCUGGCAAGUCGGCGCUAACGGUGAAGUUCCUGACCAAGAGGUUUAUAAGCGAAUACGAUCCUAAUUUGGAGGACACCUACACCUCCGAAGAAAUCGUGGACCAGCAGCCCGUGCUGUUAAAAGUGAUGGAUACAGCUGACCAGGAUGCACCACUCAACUGCGAGCGUUAUCUCCACUGGGCCAACGUGUUCCUGGUCGUCUACAGCAUUGACAACAAAAAGAGCUUUGAAGGUUGCCAUCAGUACCUGGAUAUCAUUUCCCUUCACUCGAAAGGCAUUCAGCACAAUUAUCCUGUCCUUCUGCUGGGAAACAAGUUAGAUAUGGAGCAAUACAGACAGGUCACCAAAUCCGACGGGCAGGCUCUCGCUGCCAAAUAUGGGUGCUUGCUUUAUGAAGUCUCCGCCUGCCUGGAUUUUGAAUCUGUGCAGCACGUGUUCCACGAAGCCGUGCGAGAGAUGAGGCGGGAGAUGGAGAAGAGCCUGCCGGUCCGGCCCCUGUUCAUCACCGAGGAGAGGCCGUGCCUGCACAUGGUGACACCAACGCCCGUGGCCUCCAAACACGGCCUGGCCAGCUGCACGUUCAACACGCUCUCCACGGUCAACUACAAAGAGAUUCCCUCUGUUGCACAAGCCAAGCUGGUCACGGUGAAAUCUUCCCGGGCCCAGAGCAAGAGGAAAGCUCCCACGUUGACCUUAUUGAAAGGCUUUAAAAUCUUUUAAGGCUUGACCCUACUGGCCCUGACUGCUUCAGUGCUUGAGGGAAAGCAGCAGCCACUGGAGUUUGGGGACCUGGAGAGCUGUUCUCCGACUACAGCUGCGGCGUCUCAACCAGCCUGCAAGGGGCUGUUCUGGAGCAGCAGUGGCUGACUGCCUGGCAUUAGUGGCUGACCACAAUACACAUGGACUUAGUUGUACACAAAGCACUUUCUUAGGAUGCAAUGAUUCAGGUCCAGGACGGAGUGCAGAAGACCCUGCAACUUGGUCCUUUCUCUCUGAACGACUGCCUGUUUGUUCAUUCCCUGCAGCUUACUAUGGACAUGGCAUUUGCACACUGCUCCUAUCAUUUGCACUGGGUGUGAGUGUCGCUAUUGGCUAUAGCAGAAGCAGGACGUCUGUAUUUUAUGUGUGUACAUAUGCAUAUCUAUAUAUUUUGGAAACUUAUGUUAUAUGCGCUGUCUACAGGAUGAGAAGUGGACUAUCCUUGCCCUGGCCGUGAGUUGAAUACAUUUUGCCUUUUUCUCUUUCAAAGCCACAUCCUGUCCGUCUUAAGAAAAUUAUCACUGUCUUGAAAAAUCAGCUCUCGUUAAUGCACACUAGAGGAUUAGCUAAAACGGGCAGCACAUGUAAUAGCUGAGCCCAGAGUAAAGUCUGUGCUAGUGCUGAUGAACCGAGUGGCAUGGCAAUUCAGGGUGGCAUUUGGUUCGUGCUGUCACUGUUGAAGUCUUGCCGUGGGCCGGCAGAAGGAAUCUGGGGGAGGCCGAGCAGACGGAAGUUGGAGUUAAGCUUGCUCCGGGUAUGCAAACUCUGUGUUUCCGUCUUUACCAAUAUUAGGGUGAUUUUUGCAGGAGAUUUGGAAGCUUUUUUGUAAUGGGGAAUUUUUCAGCUUUUCCAUGAAUGGCAAUAUUCUUUGCAGGGUUUCCCCCUAAAGUUACUAACAUAUCAAUUUACAGCUUUGAUUCCCUCUUAGCUGGAUGGAUUUAUAUGGAAAGUCAGAUGUCAGUCCAGUUCGAUUUCCAUUGGAAUCAACUGAGAAAUUCCCGAUUUCUGUGAGAGCAGGGGCAGGCCCCUGGCUCAGAGAGUAGCAUAACCAGAGCCGGGUAAGGGAGGCACCGGCCCCAGGCACCGAUUCAGAAAGGCUGUCGCAGCAGCAGCAGCCAGGGAGUCUGUGCUGCUUGGCACUCCCUGCUCUUCUGCCCAGGGCACCAAAAAUGCUAAAAAUGCCUCUGGUUCAGACAGUCCCAAAUCCCAUAUUGGGCAAUAUGCUGCAGUGCUUGUGCAGAUGAAAGUACCGAUUGCAGUACAUGCCGCGAACACCAGCAAAGUGUUGAUACCAAGCGUCCCCAGGAAGAGAAAUGUCGUGUAAUGACCACAGGGCCCUCUAGUGGAAACGGGGCACAGGGCGGCUCAUCUGUGUUCCCGGGAAAGCACGACUGUCAGCUAAAACCAAAGUUUUGGAGAGUCGUUGUUGUGAUGAUCCAGGCAAUACGAGAAGCCAGGAAUUGUUGGCGAUAUCUUGUAUUGGACCAGCUGUCUUCAGAUGACUUUGUGCCUGAAAGCUUGUCUAGCAUCUCUGCCAAACUUCCAGUCAAAGUUAUUACCAAAAAAACCCCUUUUCCUUCUCAGAUUUAAAAUCCAGAAACUUUAGAGAGGGUGACGUGUAUCAACGGCCUACUCAAGAUGCGAACAAGGAAGGUGGCAUGCAUAUGAACAGCCUCAGCAUUUCACUGCUUAAGCAAUAAAUCAAAAGAGGGUUUAAAAAAAAAAUCUCAAUGCAAAAUAAAUGAUUUGGACUGUAUUGAAAGCAGAAAGCUUCAGAUAAUAUAAAAAUGUUGUCUAUACAUUGAAAUAAAGUGUACCAAAAAUACAUAA